AAUAACAAGGAUUUAAUUUAAAGCACAAUAAAGCAUCACAAAAAGUUUGAAAUAAAAAUUUAAUUAAGAUUUUAAUUGAUGAAAAUUAAAUUUUAAUCUUGUUAAAAAUUAACUACUGAAUUGUUUUGGUAUAGCUAAAUUCAGAGUGGGCCGUGUUCUCUGGAGUAGUUUGAACUUGAAGUGAAAGUAGUGUAAAAAAUAAUUAAUUAAGUGCGCAAUUUAGGAAUAUGGUUUAAACAAAAUAAUUCAAAAUGUAAAAAUUUAACUAAUAUGAGGCAAGUUCAGUGGAACUGUGCAAAGCAAAGAUUCUGAGCAGAAUAAAGUACAAAAUCAGUAAAAAGGGACAGAUUUCGUGAAUAGUAUAUCAAUUAUUAUUCGAAAAUGUGGAAUCACUCUUCGAAAUCUAAUUCGAAGGUAUUAACAGAACGUAUUGAUUCGGUUGAUUCGAAAGACCAAGGAUGUGAUUUAGAAAAGGUGGAGAAAUAUCUCGACCUCACGAAUUAUCUAAAUUUCCUGCAGAAUUUGUUCAAUCGCUCAACCAGCGACUCCGAAAGCAGCGAUGUCGAACUGGAAUCCACUUCGACUGCCACUUUGGGAGUCAAUAUUUCCGACAUGCUAUCCUUGGAGUCGCCGUCUCCUUCAAAUAUUAAAAUUCCUAGCAAAAAGUCAGCCUGGUCAAAACCACAGUCACCAUUUCUUUCAUCUGCGCCUAAAUCCAUGAUAAUAACGAGUCAUGAAACGUCUUCCGAAUCGUCGUCGACAAAUUCUUCUCCUUUUGCACAUGAUGACGGGAGUAGCGUCGUGUCUUCAUUCCUUCCCACAGACUUGACCCCUAUGACAGACCUUGAACUUAACAAUCUCCUCAAGCGGACCAACUAUCUCGGAUCGGACGAUGUGGAAAUUGACGCUAUGAAUUUCGACUUGGAUGACCAGGACACGGCGAUACCGACAAUAAUAUCUGCCCUUGAUAAUGACGACUCCACCAACAAUAAGAAACAGAACAAAAAGAAGAAGCGAAAAUCAAAAAAUAAUUCAGACCUGCACGAGCUUCCGAGACAAAAUCGACCUAAUUCUGGAGGGAAGGGGAAUGGUCACGGGCCUAGUCAUACGGGAGGAGAAGGAGGAGGAGGAGAGGGAAAUUGUGGUGGUGGUGGUGCUGGUGGUUCUUCUUCUUCCGGUUUUAACGGGUCUGUUUCCGACUCGAGAGGUUCGUCCACCAAUAACAGUAGUAGUAACAAUAAUAAAAGUAACAAUAGUGGUGGCGGGUCUCAGCAGCAGCAACAAUUAAAUCGUGGUUGUACUGUUAAUUGUGAUCGAAAGCAAAGCUUAAAACCAUGUGCUGUACAACUACUGCCAAGCUCAAGUUCUGUUUCGAACAAAGCCACUUCCUCCAAAGUUGCAAUAAUAACCCACAACUCAACUCCUUGCAUAUCACCUGCGACAACUAUGAGCUUGCCUCUUAGCUUGAAUAAUGGGAAUUGCUUAGAAAAUUCUUCGACAAACGACACAUUCGUAGCGGAUCCGCCUGUGCUUCACAUUCUUGGCGACUCUGAUGAUGAUGACGACGAUAGUUUAAGUGAUUAUCUGUCUAUGGUAGCAGAGCAGCCGGCAUCGACGAUACACGUUCCCACCUUUCCACAACCUAAUUCCAAUUCCGAGGACGAAUCGGAUGAUAGUCCUCCAUCAUCGGUGGAAUCGAAAUCCGAAACUGGGGACGAGUCGUCAAGAUCAAUGGGGUCCAAGGAACGAGGGACUAAACGGAAGGGGUCCCCUGAAAAAGAGGGAGUGAAAAACAAGAGAAUUCUACUGCAGAAACAGGCGAAAUACAUUGAACUGAUGAAUCUCAAGAGGAAAAAGAUUUAUUUGAACAUUAGCAAGAAAGAAGUCCCAAAGGCGCAACGCACGAUUUUUUCUACCCACAAGGACGAACUCGCUAUACGACGAAAGUUAGCACACGCGUGUAGUAAAGUUGUCCGGCAAAAAGCUAUUCAGUCUCAAAAGACAGCCAAGGAGUCUGUGUGGAGAGCAAAAAGACUGACGAGAGAGAUGCAAGCAUUCUGGAAACAAGCCGAUCGUGUCGAAAAGGAGAACAAAAAGCGGAAGGAUAAAGAAGACGAAGAGCAGCGAAAACAGGAUGUCGAAGUCUUGGAAGCAAAACGGUUACAGCAGAAUCUCAACUUUUUAAUUACUGAGACCGAACUUUACGCCCACCUAACUACGAGGAAACUACACGAAGGCUUACUAGUAGCUGACAACGUUACAAACUCUUCAAUUCUUGAUCGGUUAAAAGUGGACGGUAGUACGGUGGCAAAUCACGAAGUAGACAGCAUGAAAAUCAAAGCCAAAAUUAAUGUGCAUGAAGCUUUCGAGGCACAAAAGAUUCACACAAAGUUGUUCAACAUUGACUUCAUGCCAAAAUCAGAACCUACAGACGACUCUGCCUCCCUAUUUUCAGGAAAAUUGAAAAAUUAUCAAAUCCUGGGAGUUAAUUGGUUGAGCAAGCUAUUUGAUCAUGGAGUCAAUGGAGUUUUAGCUGAUGAGAUCGGCCUCGGGAAAACAGUACAAUCCAUUGCCUUUCUCGCAUACCUUGCAGAAAUGUGUGGCAUUUGGGGUCCGUUUCUAGUUAUUGCUCCCUCUUCGUCGUUACAUCACUGGCAGCAAGAAAUUAAAAGAUUUAUUGGAGAAUUUAAAAUUGUACCCUAUUGGGGUAACCCACAGGAGAGAAAAAUACUCCGUCAAUACUGGCAGCAAACCAAUCUACACACUCGUGAGGCUAGUUUUCACGUCGUAAUCACUUCUUACAAUGUUGUAGUACAAGAUUUGAAGUAUUUCAACAAAGUUAAAUGGCAGUAUCUCAUUUUGGAUGAAGCACAAGCAAUCAAGACGGCCGUUAGUUCACGAUGGAAAGCUUUAAUUGGGUUUAAUUGUCGGAAUCGUCUCUUGCUCACUGGGUUGCCAAUUCAAGAUUCGAUCAAUGAAUUAUUGUCCCUCUUGCAUUUCAUAAUGCCAUCCUUGUUCAUAUCUCAAGAGGAUUUUGUUGACUGGUUUUCUAAGGAGCAAGAAAUGCAACCUGACAAUAACGGUGUACUAGAAAAAAAAAAUCGUACCAGACUCUACUCGGUGUUGGAACAGUUUAUGCUUCGUCGAACAAAGAAAGACGUAGAAAAUGAAUUGUGUGAUAAAGUCGAAAUUUUACUACCUUGUCCAUUAACAACUCGUCAAAGAUUUUUUCAUGCAGCUUUAGUCCGAAAAAUUGUUACCGAAGAUUUAUUGAAAGCAAGCACUACUUGCAAUGAUCCCAUAAGUUCACCUGCCCACGAUACGAGAAAUCUUAUGAGCUUAGUGAUGCAAUUUCGAAAAGUUUGCAACCAUCCAGACUUAUUCGAAAGGAGGGACAUGAAAAGUCCACUUUUCCUUGACACAAUUUGCUACCCUUUACCAAAACUUUUAUUUCAAGAUUAUGUUGCACCCGAUUCCACUCUUUAUGCCCGGAAUCACUUGUUUAAGGAACGCUUUAAUAUAUUCAAACCUUACAAUAUACACUACUCCUUAUUUCGAGAAGGGUUUAAUCGUAGACGGGAUCAAUCGAAACAUAAGAAUAAUAUACAAGACGUCCAUAUUGCAAAUGUGGGUGAAAAAACGGUUGGUGGAUGGUCGUUUCUAAGAUUUUCCGGACUAGGGUCGGGUGAUAUUUACAAGUUUAUUUGUGAUGGAACAACUAUUCAAAGGAUGAAUGAUCUAGUCAACUUUAAACGAGAGAUGUGUAUAAUUCGAAAACGACUGAAUUCGAUAGGAUCUUUACACUUUAAACCAACCGAAUUUUUAAUUUAUACCUCAUGCGAAGAAAAAAUAUCGGAAACAUUACAAAAUCUGGUCUUUACUUCCAAUACGAAGUCAUUUUAUAAGUGGAACAGUGUGUCAAGGAUGUCGACAACCAAUGAGCUUCUCACCGAUGAUGAUAAAGUCGAAUACGAAUAUGUGAUACCAAAUGGCUCUUGUUGCCGUGUUGCUGAUGAUGAAACGUCGUGGGAUCUUGAAGCCCUUUGUGUGCCAAAAUUUCUGCUUAAUUUGUGUCCCAAAGUGAGAUGCUGUGGAAUUCAGUCAUAUAUUUCUGAUGGACCCACUACCAAGUGGAUAAAGACCGCUGUUGGACAAUGUUUAUCGCACAGAGACAGGAACAUAAUAAUGUAUGGAAACCCUGAAGGCCUAGAAGUUAGAUCCUUCUUCGAGCCACCCGUUGUCGGUGGCUUAUUAGGACUAGGAAACGUUCAUGGCUGGUCUGAUAUUCUUAUGCCAGAUAAAGAGAGAUUAGUUACUGAUUCUGGUAAAUUGAUGAUACUGGACGGAUUACUAAAGAACUUAAAAAAAGUAAAUGGGCGUCGUGUGGUCAUUUACUCGCUGCUACCAAAAAUGAUGGAUUUACUCGAGGAAUAUUUCCGAUAUCGCCAAUGGACUUAUAUUAGAGUGGAUGGUCAAAAGAAUCAGUCAGAAAUUUUAAGCAAGUCGGACACGUUUGCAAUUUUGCUAACUACAAUGACAGCUAACUCUGGACUCAUAGGACAAAAUUUAUCCGAGAUGGAUACGAUAAUAUUUUAUGACAACGACUGGAACUCUACGAUCGACCAACAUUCGAUUGACUUGGCUGAUCGACUAGGUCAAACUGGGCACGCUAAGCAAGUAACUGUAUACAAAUUGUUUUCUAAAGGAACAAUUGAAGAACGAAUUUUAAGAAAAAUCAAACAGAGAAGCGAUACCAAAGUAGUCGAAACUCCUGAUAAUCAACCUGAGACCUUGACACCAAAAGAAAUUCUAUCCCUGCUAAUUGACGAGGAUGAUGUUGACCGUAAAUGUCGGCAACGGCAAGUGGAUAGGAAGGCUGGAGAAUUGAAGUCUUCCGACAAAAAGCCCAUCGUUAAGCAGAACGGUAUUUCGUCGGCUUCGGAUCAAUCAGAUCAGCCGGCCGUUAAUCUUACUAACGGUGACACUGAUAGCUUAAAAGCUCCUGCCGGUAGUUCUGGGGGCAGUUUCCAAAGCCAACAAUCGUCACCGUCUUCUCAAGAGGAGAGCGAUGACAUGGACUCUGAUUUAAAAGACCUAGAAUUUGAUGUGACAGUUUAUGGUGAAGAUCUUUCUGAAUUGAAUCCUUCAAACUCGGACGAUUACUUUGACAAUUAUUCCAGAGCUAUAGAGUGGAAUAAUGGUUCAACUUCUGACUACGAAGAAGAUCUCCCUUUCAUACCAAAGAAGCCGAAACUCGGAAGAGGGUCAGGGAAACGACGAGGCCGACCUCCAUCCCGUGUUCGGGUACAAAUGCGAGAUAUAAGUUUGGGUGGGGAUAUGUCUAUGCGACGUGGUCCUGGCCGUCCACGUCUAAAACCAAUUGGGCCAUUAAACCAAGGAAUUCGUGGCAGACGGCCGGGUAGACCUCCACUUUCCAAAAAGGCGGAAACAAUUUCAGCAAAUUUAUCCCCUCUGGCUUCCACCCCACGUGUAUUUGGAAUUUAUAAUUCGCAAGACCUCAACAUGUCCUCUUCCUAGUAUUCGCUUUACCUUAGGUUAAGGUUUUACUUGUUUGUGGUGUACACUGACGUUAUGCAAUAACCUUUUACCGUUUCCGAUACUGAUCUCGUUCUUAAUAUGACAAAUUAUUAUUAAAAAACGCAAUAAUUCAAGCGCUAUAUAAUUUUGAUCAAUGUCUACGUUCACUAAUUCAUUCACUGAUUUUUGUAAAGUAUAUUUAUGACGAUUUUGUAUUUGAAAGUAACGUAAAAUUACUAUUUUCUAUCGUGUCGCGCGUCGUAUUUAUGAUAUGAAUAAAUAAACAACCACUUUCUCCGUUCUGA